GUAACAGUAGGGACAUUAUUUGACUACCACCAAGCUGAAUAACACACUGGAUACCAAGCCAACUCAAAUUUGAAUUCUGUGACAAUAUUGAGAAUCUAUAAUGAAGCUCUCUCUUUCCCUGGGUCUCUUCACAAUUAUGGCGUCCUCAGUGACAGCCAAGUAUUGUGAGGACCAUACUUAUUACUGUGGAUGGAAUCUUAUGGAUAUAGGGAUAUAUGGACCCGAGAUUAACAACGCGCUGGCUGAGAAUGGGAUCCAGAGCACCGAGUUCACCAGGGGACACAGUUUGUUCUAUUGCAGGAGAGAUCCUAAUGACGGGGUUGGCUAUGCUGGGACUGCGGAAUUUGAGUGUCAUGACGGUGGUGAAAGGUCAAGUGACUUUUUGGAUUUUGUGGGGCCAUGAGGUCUUCAUUAUGUGAGACUGUCCAUGCGGAUUUAUCGUCUAAUCUCCACCUGUCACACCAAAGCUUGUCUUUCAAAGAGGAUUUUUAGUCUGCUUAUUUCUUUUCUGUUGAACACAGCAAGAUAUGCCUGUUCCAUGAACCAUGGUCCUGCCAUGACUGUAAACUUAAUCUUUUGAUAAUUGAAUUUCCAACAUUAC